CAUGGCGGCGGAGGCGGAGGCGGAGCGGGAGCGGCGGCGGCAGGAGCUGCAGGAGCAGCAGGAACAGGCCCGGGAUGAGGCCGCGGCCGGCGCGGGGGAGACCGUGAAGAUCAUCUGCCUGGGCGACAGCGCCGUGGGCAAGUCCAAGCUGCUGGAGCGGUUCCUCCUGGAUGGCUUCCGCCCCCAGCAGCUCUCCACCUUCGCCCUGACUCUCUACAAGCACCGAGCUCGGGUGGACGGGCAGGAGGUGCUGGUGGACUUCUGGGACACAGCUGGACAGGAGAGGUUCCAGAGCAUGCAUGCAUCCUAUUACCACAAGGCCCAUGCUUGUAUCAUGGUGUUUGACGUGCAGCGGAAAGUCACCUACAAGAACUUAAACAGCUGGUACAAGGAGCUGAGAGAAUUCCGCCCAGAGAUCCCCUGCAUUGUGGUGGCCAACAAAAUCGAUGCGGAUAUGAAGGUGACCCAGAAGAGCUUCAGCUUUGCCCGGAAGUUCAGUUUGCCCUUUUACUUUGUGUCUGCUGCAGAUGGCACCAACGUAGUGAAGGUCUUCAAUGAUGCCAUCAAACUGGCUGUUGGUUACAAACAGAACUCAGGAGAUUUCAUGGACGAGGUCCUGCGGGAACUGGAGAGCUUUGACCUGCAGAAGAAGAACGAAAAUUUGUCGGAUAAAGAGGAGAGCUGCCCUGAAGAGGAUCCCCCAUCUGCCUGAGCCCCAGACCCACAUUCCCUUUGCUCCAGAUUUCUGGGGCUGGUUAGAGCAACAAACACUAAAGAUUUUUUUUUUUUAUAAA